ACUGGUUGUAAGUACAACGACACUGAUAUAAAUAGGAAUACAAAGAUAUGCGACAUGAGUCGAAAACUGACAGAAAAUCGUCGAUGAUGCGUACAGCGGCAUUGUUUUUAUUUGCUGUUUUAUUGGUGUGUCUUGUGUAUAGUGUUGAUGUUAGUGGGGUGGCAAAAAGUAGUGUUAACUCUAUUUCAACGAACUCUGAUGAAAAUAUUAAAAAUCCCUCAUGGACAUACAUCUGCGAAGAUGUAUGCGUACGAAAAGAAUUCGACGAAAAUACCUCCGCAGAGAGAACUACCCUUCAAACAUGUAAUAUGUUAUGUGGAAAAUUACCGCUCUGGCCGAUACCGACCUCCACAAAAGUGACUAAUAAAAGUUUUUCAUCUUUCACCAAAAAUCGAAUAGUAAUCAAACUUAAUUGUCCAGAUCAAAUCAAAGACGACUUGAAACAAGCUACGAACAUAUUCAUGGAAAACUUACCAAUAACUGAUGGUUAUUUGGAGGAUUACGGAGACACUUUAAAAUUUAAUACCUAUAUAAACGUCAGCAAAGACGAAAAUAAGUUAAAAAUUUCCACUGAUGAAAGUUAUCGUCUAAUAGUUACAAAACUAGAAGACAAUAUUGAAGUUAAGAUUUUGGCCUCUUCAUAUUUUGGUGCUCGACAUGGACUAGAGACUUUAAGUCAGUUAAUUUGGUUGGAUGUAAAUAAAGAGAAGCUGAAUAUAAUCCAUGACGUAAAGAUCACCGACACACCGAAAUUUCCGUACAGGGGUCUCAUGGUAGACACUGCAAGAAACUACUUUGGAUUAGAUCAGCUAAAGAAAGUUUUAAAUGGCAUGGCUGCAACUAAGUUGAAUGUGUUCCAUCUUCACUUAACAGAUGCCUCUAGUUUUCCUGUUGUGUUGCCUAGAAAUGAGUUGUUUGCAAAAUAUGGAGCAUAUAGUCCAGAGAUGGUAUACAGAAGUGAAGACAUAAAAGAUUUGGUAGAGUAUGCUCGAAUAAGAGGAAUCAGAACAAUUUUAGAAGUAGAUGCACCCAGUCACGUAAACGAAAACCUGAAUAAAGUCAAAGACGGUUUGGUUAUAUGCGGAGAAGAUGCUCUCUUUAAUGGGCAUCUAAAUCCACAGAACAAUGAGUCACUGCAAGUACUUGAAGAAAUUUAUGAAGAUCUGUUAGACCUAGGAACGGAUACUGAGAUGUUCCACAUUGGCGGAGACGAGGUAAAUUUAACCUGCUGGAAACAAUUCGUAAAUGAUUCAUUAAGCACAAUGUCACUUUGGACUAACUUUACCAACAAAAUGUUUGACACAUUAAUAUCAGCCAACAAAUAUCGAGUACCUGAGCAUAUAAUUCUUUGGUCCAGCGAUUUAACGAGCAAGUACGUACAACAACUAGAGUACAAAGAGAACGUUGUAGUUCAGUAUUGGUAUGGGGCAAUUCUUCCAAUUUUGAUAAAUGGCAAUAAAGUAAUAUUUUCUACAGUAGGACGCUGGUACUUGGAUUGCGGCUAUGGGUCUUGGAAGACUGCUGGUGACAGUGGGGUGUGUGAUCCCUAUGCUACUUGGCAUACAUUUUACAAGUAUCAACCGUGGGCGGCUGAAUUUUCUGAGUACAAGAAUCAAGUUCUGGGAGGUGAAGCUUGUUUGUGGUCUGAAAUGGUUGAAGUUGACUCGUUAGAAACUAGGAUAUGGCCGAGGGCAGCUGCGAUGGCUGAGAGAUUAUGGAGUGAUCCCAUUAAUUUUAACAGAGAUGAUGUCUAUCAGAGGCUCGAUGUUCACAGGCAAAGACUGGAGAGCAGAGGAAUAAAAUCUGAGGCUAUUUGGCCGAGAUGGUGCUCUCAAAACCCUGGAAGGUGCUAGUGUCAUUUUAUUAAUAUAUUUAUUUAUACUGUCUACAAAUGAAAUAGAUUUUUAUUAUAU